AUCUGACGAGGAUUCCAAAGUAUCGAAUAUUAAAUAAACUAAGAAGGCUCCGUGCCUGGAAUGGCAUUCGUGUAAAAUGCUAAUACUCCACCUCGUUUCAUUUUGUUAUUUUACCAGGUGGGAAUAAAACGAAAACAGAUCGCCAUGCUAUUGUAUUUUCUAUCACGUGACGGAUGCCUAUUGCGUCAUAUGCUCCAAAAGACUGCCUGGACAAGAGGCUGUGCAAUAGCAGUCAAGGAAUGUAAAAAUGUAGAUGGAAAACAGAUAACUAUUGGCGAUGUAAACGUGCAAAUAAUAAAGCCAAAGGACCUACAUCUGGUGCCCCAGAAAUAUAUAAAUUACGCACAUGAUGGGACGGUCCUGUUGGCUCAAACAGCACUUCACCAUCUGCGGUGGAUGCUGCAAAAAGAUUCUCUGAAACAAAACAUGUUUCUGUUGGGUGGACCAGGGCCAUUGAGGCGACAACUGGUCAUGCAGUUUUUGGAAAUUACGGAACGUGAACUUGAAUAUGUGGCGCUUUCUCGUGAUACAACCGAAAGCGAUCUAAAGCAACGUCGUGAGAUUCGGAAGAAAUCUGCCCAAUACCAUGAUCAGGCCGCAGUACGCGCUGCACUCUACGGCCGAGUGCUGGUGCUGGACGGCAUUGAGCAUGCCGAACGCAAUGUUUUGCCGGUACUCAACAAUCUUCUAGAGAAUCGUGAAAUGCACCUAGAAAGUGGUAAAUUUCUAAUGGCACCAGAACGAUACGAUAAGUUGCUAAAGGCGCACAGUCAGCGACAACUUGAUGACUGGGGCUUACUAAGGGUCUCGGAACAAUUUCGCAUAGUGGCACUUGGACUUCCCAUACAGAAAUAUAGAGGCACACCACUUGAUCCCCCGCUAAGGUCGCGUUUUCAGUCGCGCAACAUAUUACCAUAUACUUUCCAGGAGUUGUACGAGGAGCUACAGCAGAUAACGCCCACUGUACCUGACCCACGGCUUAGACAGUUGCUUACCUGUGCGUUAACACUCGAAACAGCUGGUGAAGCGCUCCAACUUCCAGAUUUUCCAUUACAUAAUCUUCGACUAGCCGUUAAGAUGAUGGGAGCAAAUCCAAAACUUACCUUGCAAGAUGUCUUACUAGUCUUGUAUCCGUUUCAAUCCAUACUAAUGCCAGAUCAGCAGAAACGUGUUAAAGAACUACUUACGAGUAUGUCGCUUCAGCAUAUAUCCACGCAGAGUGUACAUCGUAUAAGCAGCCAGGCUCAAGAUGACUUUGUAGACGUGUAUCUGGACGAGGUACACCUACGCAUGCCUUGUGGAUCAACUGCGCUUUUAAACAGAAACUUUGUGGAUCUACCACAUCAACGCCAAGUGCUUUCUAGUCUGGUGCAAUCCUAUGCAGUUGGAGAUGUCUGUCUGUUGGGCAAAAGGGGUGUUGGCAAACUAACACUGACAAAACAGCUUUUGCACCUACUGCAUCAAUCCCCUGAACUUAUGAUGCUCUAUGAGGAUAUGACAUCGUCGGAUCUUUUACAGCAACGCAUAACUAACGUGGAAGGUGACACUAUUUGGCGGGAUUCCCCAUUGGUCCGGGCAGCAAAAACCGGAUCGGUGGCAGUACUUAAUGGCCUUCACAGACUACACAAAAGCACGGCUGUGGUACUACAAAGAGUUAUACCACUUGAUAGUGGUAAUGCUGAUAAGAUUAUGCAUACAUAUAAGGCGCAAAGUGAAACUAAUAAAUUCCAAGUUUGGUUAAAAUAUCUUGAUGAACAAACAAAAAUGUUAUACAAAACCUACUUUUUGACUGCUCCUAUGGCAACUAUAUGAUAUAUUGGUUCGAUUCUGUCGGUCCCAAAAUAUCUACUGCGUGCAACAGAAAGACGAGCCUAUGCAAAGUUUUAAGACGAUAGCAUUAGCACUGAGAGACUACUACGCAUAGAAACAAACAGACAGACGGACGGGCUGUAUUUACUCGGCUGUUGAUGCUGAUCUAGAAUAUAUAUACUUAGAGAGAUGAGAUGUAUCCUUCAUGACAAAAUUAAAAUUAUUUGUACCAUGCCCAAAAUCGUAAAAUUCCUUGAAAAACCGUAAUAUAACAUGGUAAUAUCGCAGAAGAUAUUGAAAUUUGAUUAAGGCAAUUUGCACUUUAAUUCAUUUACUAAGAUGACUAUUUUCUUAUAGUGUUUCCUCUUUUACGAGAGGUGAUAUAUGUUCAAUGAAAUUCUAUAAAAUCUCUUUAUCAUUAAAAUUAUGGCUUAAAUGUCACACUGCGCAGUCCCUUCGAGGACCUACGUUCGAAAUUUAAAGUCUCUAGCUCUUAUAGGUUCUGAUAUCGACGCGUUCAUACAUACGGACAAACGGACAUGGCCAUAUCGACUUGGCUAUUGAUGCUGAUCAAAAAUAUAAAUAUUUUGAAUCCGAGCUCGAUUAACCGAACAUUUUCAGUUUGAUUUAGGUCCUGUACACGUUUGCGAUUGAAAAACAUUAUUUGUUCUUUAUUUAUAAGGGUGUCAAAAUUGUUCUUCAAAUAAAGUGGGAUUCUUUAAACUGAUUUAGUUUUAAUUAAGAUUUUGCCGAUCAGCUGUGUUUACAGCAAAUGUGCCCAUAAAAGUAAGGGCAUCCUUGUCACACUAAAACAUUUACCGGUGCUUGUGUUCCCGUGGCCAACUGUUAAAACAAACAAAUUCGUUCGUUCUGUCAACUUAUUUAGAUUUGCUUACACGAAAUCUAAUUCAAAUGUUAAUCAGUAGCAGGAAUCAUACAUGAGUUUUGUGCAUAUAGCUGACAAAAAAAAACUAGUAAAAGUGUCUGGCACUCCCGACUAGGGGAUACCCUGAACAACAAUAAAUGCAGGUCGGGUUACGCGAUCGUUUGUUUGAACAUAAAUUUAAAAGAAAAGCCCCCCUCCUGCGAACUUACAACUAACUUCAACCGACCGAACCAUUUUCCAUCACCUCAUAAUCCACAGCUAUGUAUAUCAAAAAUUUAGUUUCAACGAAAAACAAAUGAAUUAAAACGAGACAGAAGGGCAUUCUUCGGCAUGCCGAAGAUUUAAUACUCUUGCAGACCCAACCUUUUCAUAAUGCUCACACUGAUUUGCCCGUAUCUAAGAAGCACAGGGAAAAUAGUUAAUGCCGAGUAUGGUUAAGAUAUCUUGAGAAACAUAAAAGGUUUCCAUACAACAACUUAAUUUUCGACCGAUCGUUCCUCUGGCAGCUAUAUGAAAUAGUAGUCCAAUGUUGAUAGGAUUUUGCAUAUAUAUGAGGAGCGUAGUAAAACUAAUAAAUGCCGAGUUUGUUCAAGAUAUCUUAAAAAACAGAAAAAAAUGUUAUACAGCAACUUAAUUUUCGACCGAUGGUUCCAAUGGCAGCUAUAUGAUAUAGUUGUCCGAUGUUGAUAUGAUUUUGCAUAAAUAUGGGGAGCAUAGUAAAACUAAUAAAUGCCGAGUUUGUUCAAGAUAUCCUAAAAAACAGAAAAAAAUGUUAUACAGCAACUUAAUUUUCGACCGAUCGUUCCUAUGUCAGCUAUAUGAUAUAGUAGUCCAAUGUUGAUUGGAUUUUGAAUAUAUAUGAGGAGCAUAGUGAAACCAAUAAAUACCCGAUUUUGUCAAAAUACCUUAAUAAACAACAAGUUUUUUAUACAAAAUCUUAUUUUUGACGGAUCUUUUGAGAUUCUUGUUUAAGAUUGUGUAUAUGUGUAGGUAGCAGAUUCUUGUUUAACAUUGUGUAUAUGUGUAGGUAGCAUGGUAAAACCAAAGACAAUAUAAAAACUAAGAUGAGUAACGCCAUACAACAAAAUGCUACUAUGCAGCUUGCUUUUUCGAAAAUUGAGAAACGAAAAAAGAAAACGAAAUCAAUAUCAUUGCGCUCUCACAGCCGAACGAGCGAAAAGCUAAUAAUAGAAUGUAUUCUCAGCUUCGGCUCUAUGAAGGCCGUGCAAGCAACUAUGUAUGUACGAGUGUGAAUAUACAUACAUAACGGCAUAUUUGAAUGUGCUUAGCUGUCAAAGAAAUAAAUUUUGUUCGAUUUCUAACGCUGAUCAUGCAUGACCUAUCCCAAAUUUGUAUACGCAUGUUGUGUACUGAGGUUUUUAAAGUUGAUGCAAAGAUUUAUAUAAUUUCUCAGUACGCAACAUCUGUCUCAUUCAAAUAAAGCAUGCAUUUAAUGGAUAAAGCAAAAGUACUAUACGUCGAUCGUAAGUUAUAACUUUUUCGAAAACGAAAUCGAAAAACCGAAAUGCGGUCGAGCGAAAUUGCUACAAAUUGCAUGUGCUAAAGGAAUAAUUUAAUAUAUUAAUUUAAUUCAUUAUUUUAAUUUAAUAUAUGAGCUUAUGUUUGUUGGGAAAUAAUAAUUAUAUAAAUAAUUAAAUUAUAUAAAUUAUCUAAAUAUUAGCAUCGACUUAAAAAUACUGAUUUUCCAUCAUGGUCAACGCUAUUAAUUAUUAACAAAAUUUAUUUCUUCGAUACUUGUACGCCAUUGGCUGACACAAGAGCUUCUCUUCAGCAUACACUGUGCAAAAAUAAAAGUAAAAUCAAUCGAUCGUAUGUACAACACUUUUUCGCGCAAUGUACCCCGAAAGCGAAGAGACGCCGACCAUUGUCAACCAGCUUUACUGAAGCCAGGAUGGCAACUGACUUCGUUGUUCGUGUCAGUAUAAACAAGCUGCGCUUUCCGCAUUCGUUCGCGUGGCCUUGGAGAGCCAGUCGGCUGGCGUGUUGUUUGAAUAGCAGAAAGCCAAAUGUAUUGCCAAGAUACAAAGUUUGCGUCGCAUUCAAAUGUAUGUGCGUUACUCAUCAUAGUUUUUAUACUGUCUGUGGUAAAACUUAUAAAUGCAGAGUUUGCUCAAGAUUUGUUAAAAUACAAUCAUUAAUUUUCGACCGAUCGUUCCUAAGGCAGCUAUAUGAUAUAGUGAUCCCAUGCUGAUAAGAUUAUGCAUACAUAUAAGGCGCAAAGUGAAACUAAUAAAUUCCAAGUUUGGUUAAAAUAUCUUGAUGAACAAACAAAAAUGUUAUACAAAACCUACUUUUUGACUGCUCCUAUGGCAACUAUAUGAUAUAUUGGUUCGAUUCUGUCGGUCCCAAAAUAUCUACUGCGUGCAACAGAAAGACGAGCCUAUGCAAAGUUUUAAGACAAUAGCAUUAGCACUGAGAGACUACUUCGCAUAGAAACAAACAGACAGACGGACGGGCUGUACUUACUCGGCUGUUGAUGCUGAUCUAGAAUAUAUAUACUUAGAGAGAUGAGAUGUAUCCUUCAUGACAAAAUUAAUAUUAUUUGUACCAUGCCCAAAAUCGUAAAAUUCCUUAAAAAACCGUAAUAUAACAUGGUAAUAUCGCAGAAGAUAUUGAAAUUUGAUUAAGGCAAUUUGCACUUUUAUUCAUUUACUAAGAUGACUAUUUUCUUAUAGUGUUUCCUCUUUUACGAGAGGUGAUAUAUGUUCAAUGAAAUUCUAUAAAAUCUCUUUAUCAUUAAAAUUAUGGCUUAAAUGUCACACUGCGCAGUCCCUUGGAGGACCUACGUUCGAAAUUUAAAGUCUCUAGCUCUUAUAGGUUCUGAUAUCGACGCGUUCAUACAUACGGACAAACGGACAUGGCCAUAUCGACUUGGCUAUUGAUGCUGAUCAAAAAUAUAAAUAUUUUGAAUCCGAGCUCGAUUAACCGAACAUUUUCAGUUUGAUUUAGGUCCUGUUCACGUUUGCGAUUGAAAAACAUUAUUUGUUCUUUAUUUAUAAGGGUGUCAAAAUUGUUCUUCAAAUAAAGUGGGAUUCUUUAAA